AUGACAACAGACUUAAUGGAUGUGGAUACUCCCUUGGAGAAUGAAAUGAAUGGAAGCAAGAAUGAAGAUGUCAGAUACGCUGAGGAGAAGACAAUGUCAGAGAUAAUUGAUACAUUAAAAGUUAUCGCUAAGACCACAGCAUCCCUAGACCAUCGUUAUAUUUGGAGAGCACUAAAGGAAUUGAGUAAAAUUAGGAAAAACUACCUGAAUCAAGAAACAUUGGCUAUACUAGUCUCUGUAUUAUAUCCAGACCACUCAGAGUAUAAGGUUGAUUUGUUGAAGUACAUAAAUGAGAAGCACAAAUCUGAAGUACCACACGCAGAUGAAAUCAGGGCAAAAUACCCAGCAGCUUUCUAUGAGAUAACUUCUGAUGGAAAAUCUUUGGCAGUUUCAGCGGAAAUCAAUGCAUUUAUUCAUUUAUUGACCCAACUCUACUUGUUAGACAAUCAGAAAAUCAUAGAGCUUAUUUCCUUUAACAACAAAGUUGUGUUACCAAAGAUUUUAAAAUAUUACAACCAAAGAUCGUUAGAUUUAAUCAAUUCAAAACUAUGGUUUUAUAUAGUAAUGGCGCAUGAACAACAAGACAUUAACGGAGGUUAUGUUGAUCUUCGCAAUGAAAUGAUGAAGGCUCUAAAGACGGCAUCUUUGAAGCAUGAUAACGAAACUCGGGCGAUGCUGAUCACUUUGAUUUUGAGAUUCUUCUUAGCCUCAGGUGAAAUAGAUGCUGCGUCGGAUUUUAUCAAUAAAGUUGAUCCUUUGACUUCUGAUGUCUCUAGUCCUUUGGAGGCCAGAUUUUUCUUCUACCAAUCUAAAAUCAACACCAUACAAUUAGACUACUCAACUGCUAAUGAAUAUAUUGUUGCCGCCAUAAGAAAAGCACCUCAUACAAAAAACAGUUUAGGUUUCUUACAACAAGCAAACAAAUUAUCAUGUGUUAUUCAACUCUUAAUGGGUGAUAUUCCUGAGUUAUCCUUCUUUCACCAAAAUGGGAUGGAGACAUCUUUGAAACCUUAUUACCAUAUCGCAGAGGCUGUCAAAUUAGGUGAUUUAAAGAAGUUUACUUCGACUAUCACAAAAUACAAACAACAACUAAUAAAGGAUGACAAUUAUCAAAUUUGUGUUAGAUUAAGGUCCAAUGUUAUAAAGACAGGUAUCAGAAUUAUUUCUUUGACCUACAAGAAGAUUUCAUUGAAGGAUAUAUGUCUGAAGUUACAUCUAGAGUCAGAACAAACUGCCGAAUAUAUGGUAUCGAGAGCUAUUAGAGAUGGUGUUAUUGAAGCUAAGAUUAACCAUGAAAAGGGCUACAUAGAGACCUCAGAGGUGAACAACACCUAUAUUACUGAAGAUCCACAAACGGUAUUUGAUGAAAGAAUUAGGUUUGUCAAUCAACUUCAUGACGAAUGUGUUGUGGCAAUGAGAUACCCGCAGGAUAAGAAGAAAGGGUUGAACAAUCAAAACCAUGACGAUGAAUAUCUUGAAGGCGAUCUGCUAGAUGAUUUGUCUGAUUUUUCUGACAUUGAUGAUAUGGGUUUCUUGUAA